GCGUGCAGCGACGUGGCGGCGGGGCCGGCGCCGGGCAGCGGAAGUGGCUCCCGAGCUGGGACUCCAGUGUUUGUGUUUUGGUUCGUGAAGAAGCCUGGGGCUAGCCUGAGGGGAGGAGGCAGAGGAGGGAGGAGGAGGAAGAAUUAGCUGGAACUCGAGCGCGGGCGGCGGCGGAGGAGGAGAUAAGAGGAAGGCGGAGUGGCGGGAGGCGGAGACGGAUCCCGACAGGGGCGGCACCACGGCACGAACCCCGCACAGUCCAGUGUGAGGGGAGAGGCGCGAGGAGGAGACGCCUCCGCUGCCACCGCAAUAGACUAACUCCAGGCUUUCGGGCCCCCACGCUGGGCCUUGUUGUCAGGAAGCUUCAGUUCCGCGGCUCAGUUUGCUGCGGCCUCAGAUUUCUUUACCUCCAGAAAGAAAAAAAUUGACCCCUAGCAUCCUGGAAGAUUAUUUAAGAAUCUGAAAUUAGGGACUUCUUUCAAAUUUGGACAUGGCUAAUCGAGGUGCAACAAGACCCAACGGACCGAAUACUGGAAAUAAAAUAUGCCAAUUCAAACUAGUACUUCUGGGAGAGUCUGCUGUUGGUAAAUCAAGCCUAGUGCUUCGUUUUGUGAAAGGCCAAUUUCAUGAAUUUCAAGAAAGUACCAUUGGGGCUGCUUUUCUAACUCAAACUGUGUGUCUUGAUGAUACUACAGUAAAAUUUGAAAUAUGGGAUACAGCUGGUCAAGAACGAUACCAUAGCCUAGCACCAAUGUACUACAGAGGAGCACAAGCAGCCAUAGUUGUAUAUGAUAUCACUAACGAGGAGUCCUUUGCAAGAGCAAAAAAUUGGGUUAAAGAGCUUCAGAGACAAGCAAGUCCUAACAUUGUAAUAGCUUUAUCAGGAAACAAGGCUGACCUAGCAAAUAAAAGAGCUGUAGAUUUCCAGGAAGCACAAUCUUAUGCAGAUGAUAACAGUUUAUUAUUCAUGGAGACAUCUGCCAAAACAUCAAUGAAUGUGAACGAAAUAUUCAUGGCAAUAGCUAAAAAGUUGCCAAAGAAUGAACCACAGAAUCCAGGAGCGAAUUCUGCCAGAGGAAGAGGAGUAGAUCUUACUGAACCCACACAGCCAACCAGGAGUCAGUGUUGUAGUAACUAAAUCUCCAGUUUGAACUAGCUGGAAUUUUCUUCUGCUUCCUAAAUGUUAAU